AAAAUUCUGUGCAUUAAUUAUACAGAAAGAGAACGACAGUUUUCACUACAGAGUAUCCAUCUGUCUAUAUCUAUCCUUUGUUAUCUGUUGAAAGGGAAAACAGAUAAAGAUGAGAUCAAAGUUUUCUUCUCUUUUAUAGUCUCAGAGUUGUUACUUGCUGUUUUCUUCUUUUCCAUAUGGAGGCCAUCAAAAAACAAGCUGCCAGGCUUAGAGAGCAAGUUGCCAAGCAACAGCAAGCUGUAUUGAAACAUUUGGGGCAUUUUGGCAAUGAAGCUUUUAUUGUUGAUGAAGCUGAAUUUCAGUGUUACCAACAGCUUCAAAAGCUAUACAAUUCCACAAGGUCAGCGAAGCAUUUUCAGAAGAAUAUUGUUCGUAGCAUUGAAGGGUUUGUAUCUGCAAGUUCAAAGCAAAUGGAGAUAGCAAGAAAGUUGGCUGAAGAUUGUUGCAAAUAUGGAGUUGAUAAUCAAUGCACAAAUUCUUAUGUUGCAAGAGCUGUGCUUCAAUUUGGUACAUCACAUAAUUUAAUGGAAAAUGAAAGGGAAACUUUCCUUGGAAUCCUUGGUGAUCAGGUUUGUGAGCCUCUUCGGUCAUUAGUAACAGGAGCUCCUUUGGAGGAUGCUCGCCAUUUAACCCACCGUUAUGAAAAGCUCCGCCAAGAGGUUGAUGCCCAGGCCACUGAUGUAUUGAGGCGUCAAUCAAAGACUAGAGAAUCUGAUAUAUCUGCAGAGACUUGCACAAGACUUCGAGAUGCAGAAGCAAGGCUGACUGAACUUAAAUCUACAGUAAUGGCACUUGGGAAAGAAGCAACUGCUGCCAUGUUGUCAGUUGAAAAUCAGCAGCAGCAGAUUACUGUUCAGCGCCUAUUUGCAAUGGUGGAUGCUGAGAGAUGUUAUCAUCAACAUGUUCUUGAUAUUUUGGAUAAGUUACAUGCUGAGAUGAUAUUGGAGGAGCAAUUAAAUGAUUCUUCAUCACAAUCAGUGACCAUUCAGCAAGAUGUUAACAUGCCCCCAGUACAUCAAGACGCUAUUUCAAAUGGAUCUGGCGAUCAAAUGCAUAUUAAUCAACAGGGUGCAUUGUUCAUAGGAAAGGUUAUACAUGCAUUUGAUGCUCAAGCGGAAGGGGAGUUAAGUCUAUCUCUGGAUGAUUAUGUUCUCGUCCGUCAGGUGGCUCCAACAGGGUGGUCUGAAGGAGAAUGCAGAGGUAAGGCUGGAUGGUUUCCUUCUGCAUAUAUAGAAAAGCAGGAAAAAGCACCAGCAAACAAGAUCAUCGAAGAAAAUUAAAAAGCCAUUACCAAACCAAAGCAUUCCCCAGAACUUGUAUAUGCUUCAACUGUACGAUAAUUUCAUGUUUACGUAAUACACAGCAACUAUAAUCGCAAUGAUCAAUAAUGGUUAUUUUGGCUUGUGGUAGUUUGUAUGGCAAAUAUGAAAGUACCUGUGUAGUGUAUUAUUUUCAUUUGAAAGGUAUAGCUGAAGUGUAUUCUGUGUU